GUCUCGCGGUCUCCCCCACUUCACCUCGCGCCUGGCAGGUAAGGGCGUCAACAUCGCGUUAUUAGCCCUUAUUUUAUACCGCCAACAGCCUUGAACGGAUAAGCGGAAAAGAAAUAUUUCAGCAUAACGAGGAAACAAACGUUUUAAGAAGGUAGCGUCAGCAGCUUUCUUCGCCCCGAAGACUUCACAGUCUAAACCUGAGCAAGAAACCGGUAGCCCUCCAGGUAUUGACGCAGUAUGGCCAAUGCAAGAACACUCUGCUGCUCAGUUGCAGUUGGCCCCUGCAACUAUGGGAUGUGGAAUGGAAGGGAAGGCUAGACAUAUUUGGAGACCGUAAGGCUUGCCUUUUCAGCUAUACUAGCCCAAGUUGUUGAAGAUGUUCAAUUUUUUAAAAACUCAGCAGAGAGGCUUCUUUUGAUCUCUUACACCAAGAGGAUCUUGCAUAAAUCACAGAUCAGUGCCAGCUUUGAAACUCAUAAUAGCCCAUCUAAAAAGAUGAGAAGCACCAAACUACUGCUUUCUAAUGACUACCAGGAGAGUUCAAAAGACUGAUGCAGAGAAUUAACAAAAACGUAGUUCUGGGCCUUCUUACUUUGACCAGCUCAAUCUUUCUUCUGUUCCAGUUGUACUAUUAUAAGUAUUAUCUGUCUCCAAAGAAUGGAGCUGUUUUUCCCAAGAUUAAAGGGAGCAAAGCAGGACAAGACAGUAGUCAAUGGCACGUGGUUAGGAAAUUUCUGAAUUUGGUGGCCAGCCACAACAUAGCUGUGCAUCUGAUUGAUCCCCUCCUUUUGGGACUGAUCGACAGAGAUCUGGAGCAGCUUAGGGCCUUCUCUGAUGGCAGUCACUCAGAAUGCAAAUACUUCUGUGUCCCAAGGGAUUAUACCACAUUUGCACUACUGGACAAAACCUGGAAACUUGAAGUGGGCUUGUUCCAGGCUGCUGAGAGAAUGGGAUUCCAGUGGCUAAAGCUUCAGAGCAAAGAUCCACGUUUAGAAGGGAUGCAGGAUCUCUCUGGAACAGAAGUCCCCCUGCACUACAUCUUCAAGCAGGCAACUCAUGCCAUCCAUCUAGUAGUCUUCUAUGAAAGGAGUGGCAACUACCUCUGGCAUGGGCCACUACGGCUGAAGCAGCACGUGGACAGGACUUUUGUGCCUUUCCAGAAGCUAUACUUUGGACGCUACUCUGGAGCCUACGACAAGAUGGAAUUAUUAACUCUUUCCAUUGAUGGAUUACUAGUCCAGAUUCCAAAAGAGCCAUCCAGGUUCCUUGAGGAAAGGUCUCACUCUAGAUUUAUUGAAUGCCGAUACAGAGAAGCUCGAUCUUUCUUCCAGCUGUACCCUGAUGAUACAUCCCUUGAGGCAGUGGAAUUCAGGAAAAAAGCCAAGGCGUUGCUGCACCUUGCUGCUCUGACACUGGACUCUUUAGGAGUACGAUUCUGGCUGAGCAGCGGAACUUGUCUCGGUUGGUACAGACAGUGCAACAUUAUUCCUUACAGUAAAGACAUGGACUUGGGGAUUUUUAUUCAAGACUAUAAACCGGAUAUUAUUCCAGCAUUUCAGAAGGCUGGAUUACCAAUAAAGCACAAAUUUGGCAAGGUUGAAGAUAGUUUAGAGCUCUCCUUCCAGGGAGGAGAAGAUGAUGUGAAGCUUGACAUUUUUUUCUUCUAUGAAGAGGAUGACCACGUGUGGAAUGGAGGGACCCAGGCCAAAUCGGGCAAGAAAUUUAAGUACCUCUUUCCCAAAUUUACCCUAUGCUGGACUGAGUUUCUAGAACUUAAGGUACAUGUGCCAUGUGAAACCCUCCACUAUAUUGAAGCCAAUUACGGUAAAGACUGGAAGGUGCCUGUGAAAGUGUGGGAUUGGAAAAAUUCGCCCCCUAAUGUCCAGCCUAAUGGAAUCUGGCCUGUCAAUGAAUGGGAAGAAGUCAUUCAACUCUACUGAGUGAUCUAUAAGAAACUGGCAUCAGAAAUGUAUUUGUUGCCAUUUGCAUCAUGCCUCGCCUUGAAGUCAUCAGCCUUGGGAUCUUCAUGGAUUUAGUAAUGAAUGAUCCUGUAAAGGAUUCUGCCACUGCUUCGAUGGUACAAUACGUGUGGAAAUUGGUGCACUGCUUCAAGAGUUUCUGCAGCUGAGGAUGGAAGAAUUCAGAAAGCAUUUUCACACACACACACACACACACACACUGUGAAAAGGUGAAAAUGAGCACUGGCAGCUAUUUGGAUGUUGUGUUAUGGCAAAGAUGCUUAUAUCAAGGCAGUAAGUCUUCAUUCUCUUCUAAGUUACAGUAAUCCUGAGAUAAAAGCACUACUCACCCAACCAUGUCUGGCAGCCUAUCAGGGCUCUUAAUUGGGAGGUUUUGUACUCUACCCAAAAUCAUAAAAAUUGGGCAGGGAAAAUGCCCUGGCAGAUCACUUUAAAAGAAACCUGGUCAAAGGGGGGGAAAAAUCACAUACAAGUAGUCCUCACUUACCAGCCACAAUUGGGACCAACAACUCCAUUGCUAAGUGGUGCAAUCAUUAAGCGCUACUUCAUGUGACUGACUUGUGACUUCCUGCCAGCUUCCCCAUUGACAUUGCUUGUCAGAAGCCGGCUGUGAAAGUCGCAAAUGGUGAU